CACACUGAGACUCAUGUCUGCUUCUGCUGAUCCCUGCACCCGUCCCUGCUGUCAGCCAGACGUCCUGCAACGCCACCCCUGGAUCAUCUACACCCUUCCCCUGAAAUCCUAAUAGAUAAAGCCUGCACACAUCAUCUCAGCGUUCGUUUAAUCCAUGCAUGGAGACAUGUGGAUGCUCACACACGCGCGCAUAUGGCCGCAUUGACUCUCAUGUGCACGCUAUUAGUGACUUUACUAUGGGAAACUGUGUUAAAUCGCCGCUUAAGAAUCUCUCCAAGAAGAACAGAGAGCUGAGACCAGAGGAAAUGGAUGAGCUCCGAGAAGCCUUUAAAGAGUUCGAUAAAGACAAAGACGGAUUUAUCGGCUGUAAAGACCUAGGGAACUGCAUGAGGACAAUGGGUUACAUGCCUACUGAGAUGGAGCUCAUCGAACUCAGCCAGCAGAUCAACAUGAACCUGGGAGGUCAUGUGGAUUUUGAGGACUUUGUGGAGUUGAUGGGACCCAAACUUCUGGCCGAGACGGCAGAUAUGAUUGGAGUGAAGGAGCUGAGAGACGCGUUCAAAGAGUUCGACACAAACGGAGACGGUCAGAUCAGCACAGCCGAGUUACGAGAGGCCAUGAAGAAACUGCUGGGCCAGCAGGUGGGUCACCGGGAUCUGGAGGACAUUCUGCGCGACAUCGAUCUGAACGGAGACGGACAUGUCGAUUUCGAAGAAUUUGUGCGAAUGAUGUCUCGCUAGAGAUAAAGUGGUGAAAGCGUGUCAGAAAGAGGAUCUCCUGCUGCGCCAGAGACAGAGGAGAAGAAGAAGAGGAGGAAAGAUCAGCAGAAAACCUCACAAGAGGAGCUCUGGGUCACAACCUCUGACCUCACAGCACACCUGAGAGAAACUGCACUGAAACCCUGCAUCACAGCGUUUCUGAAGACCACAUGCCAAUACUGUGAUUUACAUUUGCUUUACGGGGUUUAUUUUCAUCCCAUUGAAAGCCUUCGAGAGGUCUAAUGCAAAAAACAUAAAUCACAAACAUGAAAUCCAAUAUUAACGAAAAUACUCAGUAUUAAAACAUCAGAUAUAUUUCAUUUACUGGCAUCCGGAAACUGCUGUAUGAUAUCAGGGUGCAACGAUUGCAAUAACAUUUGCUGUUUCAUAUUUAAGCUAUUUAUUAUUAUCUGUAAAGUAUAUAGAGAGAAAGAGAGAUGAGUGUGUAUAGUUUUCCCUUUACACUGUAAAAAAAAUUAUAUUAAAUUUAAAAAGUUGAACCAAUUUACCUUUACCAGUCAUUUUAACUUGCAUCACUUAAAACAUCAAGUUAAAAUCUGAUUAACUUAAAAAAAAA